AUGAGUACUAGUAUCGAAGAACUUGACAAAAUAUCAUUUUGUGAUGAGUUUAUUGAAGAUGGGCAUGUUGACAAUGAAAUGAUAAAAGAUCAAAAUGAUUUGAAGCAACCAAUCGCAAGUAUUGCCUCAUUUAAUGGUCCAAAGGAACCAUGUCUUGAUAUGGAAUUUGAUGAAUUAGAAGAUGCUCGUGCAUGUUAUAAUGCGUAUGCAAGGCGGAAUGGUUUUAGUAUUCGAAUAAGUCAUUCUCGACUAGCUAAGGAUAAGUCAGUAAAUGGGAUAGAAUAUGUUUGUUCAAGAGAAGGCUUCCGUCAUAAAAGUUAUCAAGAGAAAACCUAUACAAACCCGAAGCCUGCUGAAACAAGGAUAGGAUGUAAAGCAAUUAUGGGUUUAAAGAAAGUGGGAUUAAAAUGGAUUGUAUGUAAGUUCAAAACUGAACAUAAUCAUGAUCUCCUUAGUCCUAGAAGUACAAGUUUACUUCGUGGACAUAGAGUGGUAACACAUGCCCAAAAAAGUCUUAUAGAUACACUUAAUAAAUCCGGUGUACCUCCAAGAAAGAUAAUAUCGGUGUUGAGUGAAGAAUCCGGUAGUGACCAUAAUGUUGGUUGUAUUGCUAAAGAUGUGCAAAAUUAUUUGGGUAAUAAAAGAAAGGUUCUUUUUGGAGGGGGAGACGCACAAAGAAUGUACAAUUUUUAUCUUGAGAAACAAAGUAAAAAUCCGGGUUUUGUUUAUGCAAUCCAAGUGGAUGACAAUGGAUGCAUGGGCAAUUAUUUUUGGGCAGAUGCUAGAUCACGAGCUGCAUACCAAUAUUUUGGAGAUGUUGUUACUUUUGAUGCUACCUACUUGACAAAUUGUUAUAAGAUGCCUUUUGUUUCUUUUACUGGAAUUAACCAUCAUCAUCAAUCUAUGAUGUUUGGAUGUGCUUUGCUUGUAAAUGAAAAGGCUGAAUCUUAUACGUGGUUGUUGAAAACAUAG